GCAACUUUGCAGAACCUGGCCCUCCUUUGUUGACCAAAGAAAGCUCCCCUCCCCUGCCCAGGUUGGUCCUUGUUUGACCAAAGUUAACAGCAGGUGGUGAACAGGGCCCUUCCUAAGUUGCUCGGGAUAAGUCAUUGAUUAAACAGGCCUGCUGGUCGGAGGAUGUGAAGGCUCCAGAAGGAAAUGCUGCACCUGGGCCAGGAAGCCAGGCUCUCUGAACCCUGGGCUUGAUUUCUUCAGCGAGGUUUCGCGGGAUAUGCUCAGAGCGGCUGCGCUCAACUGAAGGCUAUCAGGCGGUUAUAAAGCCAUGUGUUCUGUGUUUGCCUUGAAUGGACUGUAGAGACAUGGAUUUCUAUGAGGACUACGAGUCCCCGUUUGAUUUUAAUACAGGAGUGAACAAAAACUAUCUUUACUUGUCUCCUAGUGGAAAUUCGUCUCCACCCGGAUCACCCACUCUUCAGAAAUUUGAUCUGCUGAGAACAGACCCAGUUCCCGAGGAAGGAGAAGAUGUUGCUGCCGCCAUUGGUGCCCCAGAGACCCUCUCAGAGGAGGAGCAGGAAGAGCUAAGAAGAGAACUGGCAAAGGUAGAAGAAGAGAUCCAGACCCUGUCUCAAGUGUUAGCAGCAAAGGAGAAGCAUCUAGCAGAGAUCAAGCGGAAACUUGGGAUCAAUUCCCUACAGGAACUAAAACAGAACCUGGCCAAAGGGUGGCAAGAUGUGACGGCGACGUCGGCAUACAAAAAGACAUCAGAAACCUUAUCUCAAGCCGGACAGAAGGCUUCGGCUGCUUUCUCAUCUGUUGGAUCCGUCAUCACCAAAAAGCUGGAAGAUGUCAAAAACUCCCCAACUUUCAAAUCAUUUGAAGAAAAGGUCGAAAACUUAAAGUCUAAAGUAGGGGGAACCAAGCCUGCUGGCGGUGAUUUUGGAGAAGUCUUGAAUUCGACUGCAAAUGCUAGCGCCACUGCCACGGAGCCUCUUCCAGAACAGACACAGGAGAGCCUGUGAGAGUCCCACCUGUGUUCGGCUACCCACUGCCAGAUGCUGCAAGCGAGACCCAGGCACAUCUUGUCAACAUUCAUCGCCAUGAAUUUCCACCAGAUGUGCUUUUGUUUAGCUUUACAUAUUCCUUUGACCAAAUAGUUUGUGGGUUGAACAAAACAAUGUCUUCAGCUCUACUCCUGGGGAACACCCUCUAAUGUGCAUUUAAGAGCCUUUUCUUUGGGAAACACCAUUAUAAAAACACAUGUAGUACCUGGAGACCCUCACUAGAAUGAUCUGAGAAGCUGCAGGUUAUCAUAACUACUUUACAAAAUUGUUCUGGAUCUGGGAUACCGGUUUGAUCUUUGUCUUCUAUAUGAUUUUCUUUUUUUUUCCUUCUUUGAACCUCUGCAUAUUUGAUUCCUAACUAAAAUUGUUCUUUUAAAAUUUAUGAAUCCUGGUUAUUAAAAGUUUUGGCAUAAUUUUCUUUACCUCCAUGGGAAGAACUGCCAGCUACAAAUUUUACAAAAAAUAUUUUUGAAUAAACGUUGUUUUGGUACAAGGUAGCUUAUGUCUUGGGUGUCUGCAGACACGAGACUAAAUAAAUCAGCUCUACAUCCAAUGUGUUAGAGUUUUUAAGUGACAAUAUGUAUGGUAAUUCAACUCCUAGGUGAUUUAAAUUGUGGAAUUGUCACAUCCUUGUUUAUCACCAUUUGUGACAGUAACUAUUUCAAUGUAUUCGUUAUUAUGCUACUUAUAUCAAAUUAUUUUUCACCAGAUUAAAAUUUUAGUUUCAGAGUAAAUUGACAAAAAAACCAUUCUGAAUUAAGCAUAUUGUAUUGUCAGUAGGUUGAAACAGGAACACACUCUCAUCAAUGUUCAAUUCAAAAGCCUGAAAGUUUUUUAGAUCUCAGUAGUUGUAAAAUUGCAAAAAUCAAUCACUUUCGGGGAAACAUUGUGUCUUCAUUUAAUUCAUUUAGUACCAUUUAAAAUAAGCACACAAAGUUAUAUGACUAAUAUAACUUGAAAAUUUUUUAUACUAAGGGGUUGGUGAUAACUCCUGAGGGUUUAAUGCAUUAAUAAAAAUCAACUUAUGUUCUACUUAUCUGUUUUCAGUGUGUUAGAAAUUACAAAAUGAUACUGUAGACAUUUUCUCCUACUUUGAAAACUGAGUGUCAGGGCUGACUGAACCAAAGCCUCUGGAAGUUUCUGCCUGGAGGCCAAGGUACUCUCUUAAUUCUAAUAGCUACUUACUCGUCACCACUACCUUUUCCUUAUGCUGUAUAUGGUUAUGGCCUACAAUGUUGUAUUUGUUAUUUAUCAAGUUGUGAUUGUUUUAUUAUUGUUUAUGCCAAAUGUUAAUUGCCAAGCUUGGAGUGACCUAAAGCAUUUUUUAAAAGCAUGACUAGAUUUACUUCAGGAUAAGUUAUCUUAUGAAAACCAAAUUUGAAAAGCCCCAAGUGUUGAUUGUUAUAAAAUAACAUGCUGCCGUUCUUAAUUGCUAGAGCUUCUGUUAGCACGUUAGAUACAAUUGAAACUAUGCUCCAUUACAUGUGAAAAGCUUAAUAAAUUCUGUAUAUCAGUA